AUGAGUCUGUCAUCAACUGAUCGGGACUUUUCCUCCCUACUUCCUGCACUCACACUCGAGGAAAAGGUUUCACUUCUGUCCGGGCAGGAUUUUUCAACAAUUGCUGGCGUGCCUAGGCUCGACGUACCGCCGAUCAGAGUUGCCGACUCGACUUCGGGGAUCCGCCCAUCAGGCCUCGAACUAACUAUAACAACCGCAUCAUUUCCUAACACGAUUUGCUAUGCAUCAACGUGGGAUUCGAAGCUAUUAUAUCGCGUAGGCACGCAUCUUGCGCAGCAGGCUCGCAUGAAAGGUGCCCAAGUUGUCCUUGGACCGACCAUCAAUAUCCACCGCGAUCCACGAGCCGGUCGGAAUUUUGAGUGUUUCAGCGAGGAUCCUCUCCUUUCCGGUCAGCUGGCAGCAGCUCUUGUUAAUGGUAUCCGAUCUCUGGGUGUCGGAUCCUGCCCUAAGCACUUCGUGUGCAACGACUCGGAAACUUUGCGACGGUACUACGAUGUGCAAGAGUCUAUUGAUAGCCGUACAGUCCGUGAGAUAUAUCUCGCGGCAUGGCAACAUCUCCUGCGGAGAUCGAGCCCAGAAGGGAUCAUGACUGCCUACAACAAACUCGACGGCCAAUUUUGUAGCCAGAAUCAAGACCUCACGCAACGUGUCUUGCGGCAAGAAUGGGGUUUUGAAGGCAUUACCAUGUCUGAUUGGUUCGGAACACAUGCAACCGUUGAAUCAGUCAAAGCCGGGAUUGAUAUUGAGAUGCCGCUUCCUGUUUUCAGAGGAGCCAAACUCGUCGAGGCGGUCAAAACGGGGCGCAUCGCUGAGGCCGAGAUUGACACUCUGGCCUCAAGAGCCUUGCAGCUCCGUGACCGAACCCGCGCUUGUCUUGGGUUUACAGCAGAGUGUUCCGAAGCAGACGACGAUACAAACAAACUGGCCCGCGAAGUUGCGAUCAGUGGUAUGGUCCUUCUCCGAAACGAGAACAGUGUUUUACCGUUGGAAACAUCGCAAUCGCAACGGAUAGCUGUAGUUGGCGAGUAUGCAGCGGAGCCUGUGAUUACUGGAGGUGGCAGCGCAUCCUGCGUUCCGCAGUACAGGCAAUCCCCUCUGGACGCCCUUGAGAAGAUGUCAUCCGGCAUGAUUCAAUACUCCCGGGGUGUGAGAACUCGGAGAAUAAUCCCCAUGAUAGCGCACGAGAAACCUACAUCUGACGAAGGAAAGCCAGGGGUCAACAUCAAGUACUACAACCAAGGCGAUAGUGAGCCAGUACUCGAGGAGUCCCAGAAAGACGCCUCCGUGUGGAUGCUGGGCGAGUUUGACAAGAAAGGACUGAACCCGGCUGGCUCCCGCCUGGAGAUGUCAACAAAAAUAACGCCAGCUACGUCCGGCACUCAUACCUUGGCCGUCAGAUGCACGGGUGCUUUCUUGUUGUCCGUCAACCAUGAAGAAGUGCUGUCGGGCCAAGAGAUAAGCAUCACGACUGAGCAAUUCAUCUUCAAUCAUAUCUUGUUGGAAUCACGAGUUCAACUCUUCAUGGAUGCUGGGGUCACAUAUGAAAUUCACUUGAGUAUGGAUGGCCCUAGGGAACUUCGUGUUGACGAACCCACCCCUUAUGCUGCUACCCUGGGCUUUGAAGAGGCUUAUUCCGAAGAUGCCGCGAUCGCCGAAGCCGUCGAGAUAGCACGAUCCUCCGAUGCCACCAUUAUUUACGCUGGAAGAAAUGAUCAAUACGAGUCGGAGGGGUUCGAUCUUGAAGAUAUCCGCAUGCCGGACAACCAGACGAGACUUAUCAAGGCAGUAGCGGCUGUGUCCAAGAAGACCAUUGUGGUCAUGCAUUGCGGAAAUCCGAUAGACGUCAGCGCAUUCAUCGAAGAUGUCGACGCCCUUCUGCUCGCCCAUUUUCCUGGCCAAGAGGGUGCUAACGCUACUGUCGAUCUUCUCUUCGGCCAUGCUUGCCCUAGCGGGCGCCUGGCCACAACUUGGUUCAAGACCUUGCAAGAUUGGCCGAGUUAUGGACAUUUUCCAGCCAAGACAUCGGAGGAAGGCGAUCCAUUUCUUCGAUACGCAGAGGGGCUUGGCGUCGGUUAUCGUGCAUCAAACUGCCACGACCGAGUCAGGUGGCCAUUCGGUCAUGGAUUAUCCUACACUACCUUUGACCAUACGAACUUGCAGGUAGCGGUGGACGAGGACUUGAGAACUGGGUUACUUCGGUGUUCCCUCGAUGUUCAGAACACUGGCUCAGUUCCGGGAAAAGAGACUAUUCAACUAUUCGUUAGCCCUACUAAAAAGACGAAGGUCUGGAGACCGGAACGGGAGCUAAAAGGCUUUACGAAGAUAUUGCUGAAGCCUGGUGAGACUCAGCACAUCGAAAUGGAGAUCGAUCUCAACGUGGCAUGUGGUUAUUGGGACGAUCAGGAAAGGACAUGGAGGCUUGAUGAAGGCGAAUACGGGGUAGUUAUAGGGAACCAGCGGGUAGCAUUUGUAGUUGCUAAAAGCUAUGUUUGGAAUGGGUUGUAG